GAGGAGGUAGAGGUGGUAGGGGGGGAGGAAGAAGAGGUGGGAGGACGACCACAACCACGAAAAAGUGUGUUACCCGUAAAAGACGCCGUGCAGAUGGGACCAACGUCACCAAGACAAAUUGCGUCACCACCCAACGUGUGAACAACCAGCAAGUUGGUGGCGGGGGUGGCUGUACGGUAGGGGACUUAUCAUGGAGAUCCGUUUCGGUGUAAACCCAUAAAUAGCAAACAACAAAUACCACCACACCACUCCACUAUGGGGCGCCGUGUGAGAAGGAGCCGGACCCGUUGCGCUAGGCAGAAGACAGUGUGCAAGAAAAGAAGGCGACCUCACCGCUACAGGCGAAGGGGCAGGGGGGUAAGACAGCGUGGAGGUAGAAAACCCGGUGACCCUACGAUCUUUGGGCAAACGGCCGACGAAUGGAAAGGUCUUGGGGAUAGCCUCUCCAGGACACGGAAAAGCAUUUUUUUUAAAUAAAUAACAGAGCACCGACACUAACCAUACCAUUCCACCAUGGCCCUGAGAAGGAGCGGACGCUUUGCGAGGAAACGCACCAAACGCACCACACGCAUAAAAAGGAGGAGGGCACCUUACAGGAGGAGACUGCGCCACAGCCAACGGGGUGGCUGGGUCUUCCCCGGGUCGAAGCCUUGGUCCCAGCUCUCAGACCACGAUAAAGCGAUGGCCCGUAUUGGGAUGUACGGUUAUUGAUGGGUUUCGCACGCAUUCACCAUGGCACGCCCCCUAAGAAGACGUACCAUACGUAAACCCCGUAAACGGCGUCCCCGUAGGGGCUUGAACGUUGGUAGAACGACACAACGGGGUGGUCGUUACCGGAAACUCUGGGUGACAGGACGCAAAUUGGAUAAGAUUGACCCUGCAUGGUUGUAGCUACCCUAUAAAAAGUGGGGUGACACCCCACCAACACCAUUUCACCAUGUCACGCCGGCUGAAGAGAAACGCAAAGUUCCUGAACGACCUCUCGGUUAGCAAAGGUAGAGCGAGACAACAUCUUUUAAAAAAAGCUUCUGGUGAGCAAGUGAACGCCUUAGGGGAAAUCGCCCACAACCUGCUAAAAGGCAACAUCCCCCUCAGCAGGGCCCAGCGAAACAAACUAAGUGUCCACAAACACCGGAUACGCGCCCUAGCAGACAAAAGACUACCAGCCAGGGAGAGGAAAAAAGUGCUCGUAAGCCAACGAGGGGGUUGGGGUAUUCCACUCCUACUAGGUGCCGUGGGGGCGACCGCGGGGGUACCCCUGAUUAACAAACUUAUCAACAAAAUAUAAAAAAACCUAUAAAUAGGGUGAAGGGGAACGCCAUCCCCUUCAGUCCAACCGAGAUAGCCACCAUGUCAACACAAAAAGGGGGAGCCUAUCGCAUGGCUUUGGUGCCCGAGCACAUGGCCAACCUACUCGUGACUAAAGAGAAGACUACCAUGCCACCCCAACUGCAGAUUGUGGCACGGCUGGACAAAGAUAUACAGAAGAUCUUAAACAACAAAACAUUACCAUUGGAGACAAAAGUACGCCUCUACAACACUGCGUUGACGCAAUGGCUAGAUUGGAUACAACAAGCCAAGGACAGUGGGAAGGGUGGAAAUAAAGAGACUGGUGCCCAGCUUAGGACGCCCCUUGGCCUCCCUUCACCACCAAGCAGUUCACCAAGCACACCCUUUGGGGUAACACAUAGUGGACCAGCCUUACCAACACCACCCUACAGUACACCAAGGACGCAAAAACCAAAAGCUAAACGACCACGGCGGGCACUACCACUGUACCCACUACCAUCGCUACCGCCAACCCCGAAACUUUUACCACCCACCCCAAAGCAAACUGGGCGUGGGCUAAGAAGGGUGGCUAAAACCAGGCUAAGGAAACGAGUAGCUAAAACAAGGCUGAGAUGGGAUUGCCUUUAAAAAAGACAAUACACUGCGGUGUAGGACCUCUUUUUAAUAGCAAUAAAACACCUUAAUACAUGUGUACUGUAGUAGCUCUUACUAGUAGGUUCUAGUUAGCAACACUAACUCACCCCACCCACUCUUCUUCUUCUUUUUCUUCUCCCCACCCCCCUCUCCCCCCUCCUUCACAACACCCAUACCACCACACACAGGGUGGGUACAUUUCCAUAUCUUACUACACUCCUCUACAUCCUUUUGGAGGUGGUAGCACUCCUCCCAUUUCUCGUAGCUGCGGCAGUUCUCAGGGUCGGUGAACAUGCACACUCAGCGUUGAUUGGUCUUAAGCCACUUGCCAAACAAGUAGACCUCAGCCUUGGGGCAGUGCUUGGGGGUAUCGGAGAAGGUUGAAUAGAAAUGAUGGCCGCAUGCCCUCUCGUGCGCCUCCGUCAUAAAGCUUACGUGUGCGUUGCUAUAGUGCUCAUGCAACUCUUGGUACUUGGGGCAACCAAACACCUCCAAGUUCACGAAAGGAAUGCAAAGUCCCAUUAGAAGCCGACGCUCGCAGCUGCCACCCUUGUACCCAACAAUCCCUCCUUGACCGUAGAUGUCAUACCAUCCCUUGACGACACGCUCAAGCUCGGCGUGGGGGAUGCUGGAGCCCGGGGUGAGAUCAAAAGUCAGCCCUGUGACAUGCCGUGUGACAUAGCGUGCCAUCCUCCUAUCUUUUUGGGAGAGCUCGCUGUACCUCAUUGGGAAAGUGAAGUGCCUGCCAACCACUUCAUCAUUGUGAUGGAAGAACCCCACCUCCUUGCAAUGAAACACGCCAUCCACAUAAAACCCAUCUUCGUCAAGGACACAUGUGAUGUUCUGGAAGACACCUUCUUGCGCAACACAAGGCUCAAAGGGGCCAUAAACUGUAUCGUAGAAGGGCCCGUACAGUACAUACUUGGUGUAGUCUAUCACGCCAGGAAUCAUCCCCCACUCUUCCCAUCCACUGACCCAUCUUCCACCCUCUUGCUUUUCACAGGGGUCUUUCCCUGUAGCCAUUCCGUAAAUUCCCAACACAAUAGGGAAAAAGUAACACGUGCACCAAAAAAGAGCCCAACCCCAAACGAACACCCCCGGACAAACGAGGUGAAAGCUUCUUCCCACACUGGUGCCAUGGAGGCAUAAAGAGACACGGUAGCAAGGCCUCACCCUUUUAUAUAGAGGGAGAAACCCACUACAGACCAAUCAGCAUCAGGGAUACAACGCCAACCAAUCACACACUUUGUUGCGUCACAAAAGGGACACCUAAGCCAAUAAGAAAGUAGCGUCACAAAAAAACCUAGACCAACCACAGCACACUUCCCCACGACGUCAGAGCUGACGUCACCCCGCGAUAGCCAAAAACACUCUCACACCAGCACAACCAUGGCUGAGAGUAAAAUGACACCCUGCCUAGAGCCUGCCACUAAAAAGCUCUGCGAACUAGCAAGAGACAACUACGAGGGGAUGGCAUGUGUCAUUUGCCAAGACGACAGGGUUACCAGCAACACAUCCCUCACCCUAUUGGACCGUCUACCCUGUUGUGGACAAGUAUGCCACCAACAAUGCUUCUGGAAAUGGGUACACUUCCACCGCACCGAGACUAUCACCUGCCCACACUGCAGGCAAGCCUCCCCCCCUACGACCAAAGAAGUCGUCCUAUGGGUUGACAGUAACUUUAACCCCAAGUAUAAAGACCACCCAGCAGAGCAGAUUAUUAUGGAGGAGAAGGCUAAAAUACAACCCGCCUUCGACCGUUACAAAAAAUUCAUGGCACUCUACCCAGCCCACUACAGGGGACGUUUUUUUAUUGGGGUGGUGUGCAGAAAGUGCGCGCCCAUCGCCCAGACGAUAUGCGAGAAGGAAGGCCGUCACGACUUCGAGCUCCCCCUCUUGCUCCCACGCCGUUCCACAAGCACUUUGUCCCACCAAUACAACAACGAGAUCACCAAGUACGGCGAGUGGCUUUGGGAAAUAGACGCAAACAACGAGUACCAUUGGCUCAGGGAGAACGUCAUCCCACCACCACCCCCUGGGGAACACGACAAGAGACCCCAAUACGAAAGCGAUAGAAUCGCCUUCAUGGAAAAUAUAGAAGCCGGACUCGUUCAGCCUGGGAUGCCCGCAGCACAACCCUUCGUCCACGCUUUUAAAGAGUCGAAUGCCGCAUGGAACUUUUGCCCAGCCGGUAAAUGGUCAUGGGAAUACUACGACGCCUCUGCCGAGGUCCCACCACCUCCCUAUGGCCAUUGCCUAUGGGAGGAGUACGCACGAGGCCCUAUAGGAUGGGUAGCACGCGACCACCCCUGGAACCGCGACCUGGAACAAGACGAUGAUACUGACGAAGAAACGGAUGACGAGGAUGAGGACGGAGGACAACUGGUGGGAUACCCACCCAUGACUUGGGCAGAACGCGGCACCCAAGAGUACCGUUUCAAAGAAAUCGCACUAGCCCUAGAACAGGCACGCAACCAGCGUCGCAACCAGCACCGCAACAACGUGGAACGUCGUGCCGACAAUGGUCCGGAGAUCCAACAAAUAGCACUAGCCAUAGAACAAGUAAGCAACGAGCGCCGCAACAACAACGCCGGAAGAAGAAGAAGAAGAAGAAGAAGAAGAAGAAGAAGAAGAAGAAGAAGAAGAAGAAGAAGAAGAAGAAGUGGACAGGGAAGCGGUGACACCACCACCACCACCACAACCACCACCACCCAACGAACAACAGGUUGUGGACCGGACAGUGGAAUACAGUGAACAAGUCAUCUACGAUCUGCGCGGGAGGACAAUACGCCCCUUCCCAACCCCCAACCGAAGGCGACGCAGGAGGUAGUCACCCAAUCCCUUCUCACGGGUACCCACCACCCGCCGCACAGAGGAGCGCAGGCAGAACCUAAUGCAACGUAACCUAUUGCAACGCAGAGGACUACCGCCCCUACCACCCCUACGCCUAAGCCUAGUCCAGCCACCACCACCACCACCACCAGCACCACUACCGCCACCACCACCACCACCACCACAGCCCACAACAGCGUUACCCGACCCCUUACAAGGACCAGAGACCCAAGAAUCUACCCAAGAACCUACGAGCAGGCCAACUACAUAAACGCAGUGGUCCAGCGACAUAUAGACCUCCCAAAGAACCCUGCCGACCUCGCAUACCUCCCACCGGAUGAACUCUCUAUUAUCGGGUACCUAAGGACCUACGAGCAGGUCAGCUCCUACAUAAGCGCAGUGGUUCAGCAACGUGUAGACUCCAUAGAGGACCCUGCUGACCUUGCAUACCUCCUAUCGGAUGAAGAUAUAGAAGGGUUCCAACGCUUUAUCACGGGGUUGGUGAUGAACACUUACUACGAAGAUGGUGAUUGAUAGGGUAGAAGUAAUUGUAUUGUAACAAAACAACUUCUCCGUUACACUCUUUUUAUUAAAAAAUACACAAAACCACUACUACAAGCAUAAGACUAGUGUCCUCUUUUUCCACACCCUACACGGUGUAGGGGAACGACUCCACUAUCCCAAUAGCAACUUCACGCACGAGGUGGAGGGCUGCCUUCCUCCUCUUCUCCCCCUCACUCAUCAGCUCUGGUACACAUGUAUUACCAUCCACCCAGUCUUGCAUCAUUAUUAUCAGCUCGUCAGGGGUAAGGAGCUCCAGCGUCCGUGCGAUGUACUCCUGAAGGUGCGGUACUGGUGGGGGGACCCUCAUCACCGUAGUCAGUAGUUUACACCCGAACCAAAUGGCCUGGCUCGCAGUCGACUGGACAUGGUGGAAACACCUGUCCUAACGUUGCCUGUAGCGCUCUGGGUCGGUGAAGUAGCUCUCACGCGCGUCACUUUUGUACAUGUACCCAUCGAUGGCCGUGGCCGUCACCUUGUAGGUGAAGUAGUUGACGGCCUGUAACAGUUUCUCAACGUCACGGGCGUCGGGCCUCCUUUCCUCUCCCUUCUUCUCCCCUUCUUCCUCCCCUUCUUCUUUUGGCUUCCCCCGGCCUUUUGGGCUGUCGCUUUGUAUGUAGGCGUCGAGCUCUUUGAACCAUCGCAUCCCACUGGCGGGGUGGUGUGGCGGGAUGUUCAACCCGGUUGGGCGGGGUGGUGGGAUACACCCUGAAUCUUCUGGGUUUAUACAGCGGCAGACAGCCAUACCUUUGUUCAGCGCCGUUUGGUAGUCUUUCUCUAGCGCUUUCACCCGCCGUGCUUCCCUCCCCUUGUACGCUGCCACCACACCCUUUCUUAUCUUCAGCCACUCUUCCCACUCGUGACCCUCCCCCCAGACGGCCGCGUGCUCUGUCCACGCUUCCAGUUCCACGUGCACUGCUCUAUCGAGGGUUGCUUCAUCCCAAGGGUUCUCGGGGUCUUCUUCUGCCUUUAGGGCUUCCCUCGUGCGCCGCUGGUUCUCGUACCCUUUUUCUUUCAACUCCUCAAGGUGCUGCAUUUCUCUCGUCUCAGCCAUGUUUUUUUCUCUCUACUGUGUGAGGUGGCUUUCACCCUUCUCCUCGCGCCGUUAUAUCCUUUCCCGCGCUGACGUCACCCGUGACGUCGCGGCGCCCCGGCCAAUCCCAACCUCACCCGUGACGUCACCACCCCUCACCGUAUACCUCGCCUCCCAUUGGCUAACGCCGGCUGUGACGUCACAGGGCACACCAUAUAUCCACCAACCACAGCCCGUCUUGACCACCCCUACCCUAGCAGACCAUAAGCAGACCAUGUAUACUAUUAUUACUACUGUCAACCACGUUCUUUUAAAAACUCACGUACUGAGAUGUCCGAUAGGGUUAAUGCAAUUAUAUGCUAUAAAUAUCCAAACACUUACCUCUUUGGCAACUCAGUUCAAUACGGAGCGCCGAAAAUUUCGAUUUCAGGAUGCUAAGGACAUCCUCGCUGGAGUGAUUGGUGGCCAGGUCCACAGUUUGCACUCUCCCCUCGCGCCCCGCCUGUUUGAGCCUGCUCCCCCUAGGCACGCAAUGAGAAUUUCGGUCUCUUUUGGACAAAAAGAUCGCUCUAAGUAAGGUAAACUUUGCUUUUCUCAUAUCUUCGUCAACCACGUUCUUUUAAAAACUCACGUACUGGGCAAGAACUUUCCGAACCGUGCUUGAGCGGACAUAUCAUGUGACGUGUAAUAUGAGACUUGGUCAACAGGACCAAGUCGGUGUAGCAAGCGUGCAUCCGGUUUCAUAGUUUUUACUCUGUUACAGGGACGUGUGGAAAUAGAGCCUGUGCAGAAGAAACAAAACAGGUUUAAAACAUUGAUAUUUAUUUUCAUAAAACUAUAACAUUUACGCGACAAGUUUAAUAAAUUUUCAAAAUAAAAAAGUUAGUUGCUAAUAACGUCAUAAGAAAUAAUCCCGAACGUAAACACAACUCUUCCAAAAGUAGCGUGCCAGGCUCUACAAACUCCUCCUUGAUGUUGAUGUUGGUGUCCCCACUCUGUAUCCUGCGGGUGUGAUAAGUAAAAUAGCAACAUUUUGAAAAAGUCACAUAGCUAUUUGGAGACCCCCGGUGAUAUAACCAUGGCCACAUGAUGCGCCUCCACUUAUAAGCCACCUCUUCGAAAAAUGCAUUCCCCGGCCAAUUGUGGGAAUAUCGUCUAAAGACAACAAGCAUGACAAAGUGGAAGUCUAACACACAAUGCGAGAUGGUUGUUGUACAAUUCAAUGGUUAUACCCGAAUUUUUUCAAAAUCAGACAUAACUUGGGAAUUAUUUCGCAUGUAAUUGUAAAACCAAUCGCUACUUACGCAAGUCUAGCGACAACCGGAGAUGGAGCGUUGACCAGCUGAAGGCCAAUAGCACCCUUGGAAGUCAAGAAAGCUUUCCACACCUGGCCGUUGUCUGUCUCUAUGGCGGGGCUGAAGAAUAUGGAUUAAUCUGUCGCCAAACGCUCCCUUCUUUUUUUCCAUUCGACGGACCACCUCUCUCUAUCUCUUUAUCUGCCGUAGCUCCAGAUCAUAUGGAUAAUCUAAUUCUGGGUUGCACAGCAUAAACAAAAGCAUCCCAAGUGACCAAACAUCGCUCGUUUGGAGUUGACGUAUAGACAUCGGUGCUGUUAAAAUAGCUCUGGGGCCAUGUAAACUAGGCUGCCUCUUUGCACAUUUAAUGUAUUGGUCCCCUUUGUUUUUGUCUUCUUCCGGUUCGAAAAGGCAUUACAUAAUUAGUAGAUUUUCAUUUUCAUUUCUUAAAGGUUUUACUUAUUCUCAGGUAUUCGAUCUUCGGUCUUUGUUUUCCGCCAGAUCUUCGGUCUUCGUUUUACGGGUCUUUGUUUUCCGAACACCCGUAACCAGUUAGGAUCAUAACCAAAAUUGGAUGCAUUUUGUUAAUAAAGAAAUUAUCCAAUCACAGCAGAGUACCCACCCCCUCCACCUUGAUAUUUGUAUGCAAAGCUAUCACUUGAAACAAAAUGGCGGCGCCGUUUCUUUGAAGCUGUUUGACAUCCCGGAAAUAAUAUGCCACAUUCAAUAUCGAAAAACACGCACUUAUAGCUCACUAAACGCUGAACACAGACCCGGGAAGCACCGUCGACUCGAUGCUAAUGAGUUGUAAUAAGCUAAGUACAGCAACUAAAACACUAGUGUGAAAGUUUUACUUGAUACAAAAUUGAAUAGAGAACUUCUAACUUUGCCCCUCUGUUUUUCUAUCAAAAUCACGAGGUAUUUAAGUUAUUUUAAACUGUUCUCCAAGGCAGGUACUUCAUACCAAGGGUCUACUAUAAAGCCGGAGAUUUUACAUAGAUUAUACUUCAUUUUCUCAAUAUUUUCACGUGUGAUCAAUAUGCAGCGGCGUACAGUGAAUGUAUCAAACAAUAAAAGCACUUAUAAAAAAAAUAAGCUAGAGAGAGAGGGGGCUUAAACUUGAACAACCUACUCUGGGUGCAAGUUUACUUGUGUGACCACAGGGCGUUGACUAUGGAUUUUCAAGUGUGACAGUAAUUAGAAUUAGGAGGGUGGUAUUUUUUGGACACAACCCAUGUAUUUUUAAAGAAACUUUUAAAAGAAAUCCAAGGUGCUAAGUAAUGAGUAAUAGUUUUUAGUAUUUUACUAAAUUGUUGGUCAACUACGGAAGCCCAUAGGGGCCAUGUCAGAUGCAAGACGUCAGAUGCAAGCAAGAUGUUAGAUGCAAGAUGUUAGAUGCAAGAUGUUAGAUGCAAGAUGUCAGAUGCACGAUGUCAGAUGCAAGAUGUCAGAUGCAAGAUGUCAGAUGCAAGAUGUCAGAUGCAAGAUGUCAGAUGUCCGAUGCAAGAUGUCAGGUGCAAGAUGACAUCAGAUAAAAGCACGUGUCGUGUUGGUCAGCGGUCUACUUUCUAGAAAUUACAGAGUUCAGCAAGAUGGCAAGCGGCGCGAACGAAAAUAAGGUUGUAACAUUUCUUCGCGAAGAAAUUCAAGCUGACGAUUCUAUAAUCCAAAAAUUUCUGUUGGAAAAGGUUGAUGACAAAACUGUUACAUUGCUAAGCCACGAGGAUCUUAAGACUUUAGGUAUUGACUAUCUUGGGGACAGAUUAUUAAUCAUUAACCAUUUCAAAAACUCUGUUCGUGAAGAAAAAUUAGAACGUGUGCGGUCCCUCUUAGAUGCAAGCAAAAAAAGGAAGCAGAAAAGUACUAAUAAUGCCUCAACGAGUAAGAAUGCUCCCACUCUGACGUACUACUUUGGAUGGAAGCACUGGAAUGAGUCUAGAAAGGAGUAUAUCCAGAAAAAGACAAAUAAUGGUGGGGGAUCCAGAGAGUGCAAAUUACCAAGGAAUGCUUCCAAAGAAGAAUGUAUGUCGAAAGCGAAAGAGUUUUUCUUUCCUGAGGGUGAGAGUCCGGAAGGUCGUCAAGAUCUUAUGACUUUUAAGCUCACAGGAAUUGAGAAGGAAAUUGAUGAUGAUUUCAAGUACGAAGACUACAAGAGAGACACGGGUCUUUCAAGGCCAAGGCUGUUCUUGUGCAGUCGUCGACGUAUCAGCUGCGGCAAAGCAAACAACCUAGAAGACAGUGACAGUGACAGUGAUCUUCUUAAAUCAGUAUUUGAUAGUGGCUAUGCAGACUCUGAAGCAGGACCUUCUUUUGAAUUUGACAAGGCAGCUCUCGCGGACAUACUAGGGACAAGUAGAGAAGACAACCAAAGUGAAUUGAUCGGCACAUCUGAGGAGAGAAAAGCCAUUUUCAAGGAACAGCUAGAACAGUUAGAGGAAUCAAGCAGAAUAGACAAGGAAAAAGAUCGUCUGCGUCUAGAAGAAGAGCAGGAACUAACCAAGCAAGAAGAAAUACGCCAAAAAAGAAGACGGCGAGUGCUUGAUGAACCCGCCCCUGGGGAUCAGUCGGUAGAGGUACGUAUACGACAUCCUCGCAUGGGAGUCUUAAAGAGAAGGUUUCACGUAAGAUCAAGUGUACAAGCCGUCUAUGAUUGGGCAGGGUCGGUUAGUGCAACGCCUUUGUACUUUCAGCUAUGCAAGUAUCCAAACACUGUUAUUUAUCCUUCCGAUGAAAUAUCACAAGCAUGCAAUGAAAUCCUUAAUGUGGUUUCAAGAGGACAGCCCGUGCCUCUUUCGGUCGAAGAGGAUUCUGUGACCAUCAAUGACGGGCAAAAGCUCUACAUCGAUAUCGAUAUGGAUGACACAAUACCAGAUGCUCUUCAUAUCGGGCUAUCUGAUACACCACCACAAAUGCUGUUGGAAGACGACGAACCAAUGACGGAAGAAGAAGCCAUUGCCCUUACCCAUUACAACGUCUUAAACAAAAAAAGACAAGAAGAAUUGACCAAGUACCUCAAAACAAAUAUUGUGGAAAUAGAUAAAGAUCACAUUGUUGAAGAGAUUCUGAAACUAUACAAAGACACGUCGCUACUGCAAAACUACUUAGAAAUUGAAUGUGGACUGACUGCCACAGGCGAUGGAGUGCUCAGAGAAAUGCUCACGAGUUUUUGGGAGAAAUUCCUGAUGCGAAAUGGCGAAGGAAGUAGAGAAAUACCCCUUCCACUUGGCCCAAGCAUUGCACGCGAAACGUAUGAAAUACUUGGAAGAAUUUAUCAUCAUGGAUUUAUGCUAACGGGAAGCUUUCCUGUUACAAUUCCCAGGGCGUCUAUCCAUUACGCCCUGUUUGAUUGCGUUAAGGAUGAAUGCCUUGAAGAGUCGUUCCUGAACACUCUCCCUGCCAAGCAACGCGAAACACUUUCCGCUGCUCUUUCCAGCAAAUCAGCUGCAUCAUUCCCUGAUAAAAUUGUGUGCGAUAUUCUUGAAGAUUAUGGCAACAUGAGAUGGCCGUCCCAAGAGAACAUAUGUUCUAUUGUCAAGGAUGUUGCCGUACAUGAGUUGGUUGCUAAGCCUGCAAUGGCUUUGCAGCAGUUUCGAAGUGGAAUGGGAGAGUUUUGGAAGGAUGUGCCACCGCAGGAAAUUGAUGCAGUGUACAAGCUGUCUCAGCCAACCUCACGUAGAGUCAAGGCAGCCCUUAGAGGUAAUCCUCUAACCAAGAAGGAAGAGUCUGUACUGAGAUGGCUGAAGUUGUUCAUUGAUGAGUGUGGCGAUAAGAUGCUACGGAGGUUUCUGGUUUUUUGCACGGCAUCAGAUAGCCUUGCGCCCGAUAAAACUAUUCAAGUUCGCUUCGAGUCAAUGCCAAGUGCAGCAAUCAGACCGAAGGCGCAGACAUGUUUCCGAAUCCUGAUCCUGCCAACCAAUUUCUGUGGCUAUGCAGCAUUUCAGGCCAACAUGGACAUAUACCUGACUUACAGAGACGCAUGGGAAAUGAAAGACUAUUAAAGUUGAACGGAAUUCAUAUAUAUUUGUUACAGUUCUGGAUGAUGCUUUUGAAGUAGAGUUUUUUGUUGUUGUUGGAAAGUCUGCCAGCAGGCCAAAUGUGAACGACCACGUUCACAUGACUUUGAAAUAGCUUCGUCUAUUACCUACGUCUAUUGCAUGACAGACAACAAGAGGAUUUGUUAUAUAUAUUUGUUACAGUUAUGAAUGCCUCUGCCGUUCAUUGAAAUAGCUACGCACAUGUCAAAUAGCUACGUGUAUUGUAUGACUUAAAACAAAACAGUGGGUGUUACUGACAAAAGAGAAGCUUAUGUGCGAGCUUUACAUCGUUACUUUUUUUAAUAAAAAUUUCAUACAUCA